UUUCCGUAUAUACAACCACAAUAAUAUUCCACGACCCUCUGAUACUCCUGUUAAGCAUCCAUGUAACCAACUACCGAAAGGUCACGGGUCAUCUACUGAAGAUGGAUCCAAUGGAUAAAUAUGGGACAUAUGAAAACAGUGGUCAACCAGAAGAGCUUUUUGAUCACUCACUACAUUGGAGUGAGGUUAAAGAGGAGGCUGAAGAAUGUCCGAUUUCAGCUGUCUCGUUAGGAGUUGAAACAUCCCAGGUUUGUCAAAAGGAGGACCCCGAUGAACAAGAUCCUUCCUUUGACACAGUUUCAGACAUGCAUGGAGUCACAGAGCAGGAGUGUGGACAUAAAGGCAUGACAUAUCUCAAAGUAAAGGUGCCGCCUUCUCCAGUCCCAGUCAAAGAGGAGUCUGAAGAAUGCUCCCAUCUGCCAGUAGAUGAAGAGGAAGUUGCCUUAAUUACAGUGAAGAAAGAAGAGAAUGAAGACUGGUUGAAGUCAGAAGAUGAGGAUGUUGUGAAAGUGUCAGUGCCUUGGGAGCUGUUGGAAACAUCACCAUCAUCAUCAUGCUCAGAUACAGAGGACAGUGAGAUGGAAAGUGAUAAUGUGAAAGACUGUGAAAACCAUGAGAGUGACAUUUCACGAGGUUUAAUGAUUGAAGAUUGUAGCAGGAUUGAUCCAGGGAUGACGCCAGAUACAGAUGUGAAAGCUAAUGCUGUCGAUUUCAGUGAAUCUAAAGGGGGGUCCUCCUUCUACCCAUGCCCCCAUUGUAGACUUGGUUUCACCAUAGAACGUUUUUUCCAUGGGCAUCUCAAGAGGGCCCACCCUGAAGAGUACAUCGCUCUGCUGAAGUCUGGGGAAAUAAUUGCAACAAAAAAAAAGUGUUCACAGCUGCCCCCAGCCACAUGCCCGCAAUGUGGCAAGAGCUUCUCCAAUAAAUAUGUUAUGGAAAAGCAUCAGAGGAGUCACACAGGAGAGAAGCCAUAUCACUGUGCAGACUGUGGGAAGAGCUACGUCUUUGCUGAUUCACUCAAAAAACAUAAAAAAAGAUGUGGGAAAGGAUUCCGAAGACAAACCCAACUGACCAGCCAUGAAACGAUCCCCACAGGAGAGAGACCAUAUAAAUGCUCUCAGUGUGGAAAAGGAUACCGAACACCCGCCAGUCUAAAAGCACACCAGAAAACCCACCCUGGAGAAAAGCCUUAUCAGUGCUCUCAGUGUGACAAAUGUUUUGUCUUUUCCAGAGACCUUAAGAGACACAGAUGGACUCACACUAGUGAGAGACCAUAUAAAUGCUUUGAGUGUGGCAAAGGAUUCGUCGAACAAACCCAACUGACUAGCCAUGAGCUUAUCCACACAGGAGAGAGACCGUAUAAAUGCUCUCAGUGUGCAAAAGGAUACCGAAGACCAGCCCAUCUAAAAAGACAUAAAAUGACCCACACCUAAUGAUUGCCUCCGGGGUAAGAAGUCAUUCUACUGGCUGGAAGAUUUGAUAACUUGGAACUUUGAUAUGCCUGUAGAGUAUAUUAACUCUGGAACUUUGAUAUUCCUGUAGUAUAUAUGUUAUGUAAAGUUCAACAAUAUAUUGAAAAAUUUGCUACAUCGAAAAUUAUAUAUUUUCAAUAUUUAUUUUUUAAAAUAUUUAUAAAUUAAAAGGUUUGCUGUGUCUGUCAGCGUAGUGUCCGGAACAUGAAGGCGCUACCAGGA